AGCCUGAUAUGCGAGUUUGACUCUAACAGCAAAGCUGUUUCCUCGUUGUGGAAAAACAUCGAGAACUUGCUUGACAUGUGCCGCGCUGAAAGCGCAAGUGGAAAUUUCCGAAUUGAAGAAAACCUUGACGAACUUGAAAACGUCUUUUUGCUGCUAAAAAAAGCCAGGGGCAGCAGCCCCGCGGUCUUGUGCCACGGCGACCCUUUAGCUGGCAACAUUUUGAGAAUGGCAGAUGGGUCCAUUUGCUUCAUUGACUACGAAUAUUCGGGAGUCAUGGAGAGGGCCUUUGACAUCGCCGGUCACUUCAUUGAAUAUGCAGGGUUUGAGUGCGAUUGGGGCCGCAUCCCCUCGCCUGCUGCCCAGAGGGCUUUCAUUCGGGUGUAUUUGCA